CGCCAGACGUGCCACGGCAUGUGACGGCUCGCUCAUCAACAACCAUGCCAAUUCCCAUCGCCUGGCCUUGACAUUCUUUUCUUUCUUCCAUCCCUCGCAUUGUCCAUCGUCGUGCAGCACCCUCCAACCACAACUGGAACCCCCUCGUGCUGUCAAACCUGCGAGGCGCCCCACCCCCGCUGUCGAUUGUCUCCCACCCACCCGAAACCCUCAACUUCAUCUCUUGUCUGUCCGUCCGUCGGCAACCCCCUGACCCGCCCACCACGCGACAAACAAAAAAACCCGACGACAGUCAGUCAUGGCCGCGUCGACGGGCGACAACCCCAACGCGCCGCGCGGCGAGCCCGCCCCGGAGCUGCUCGAUGGCCGCAUCUGGGUCGACGGCUGCUUUGACUUUUUCCACCACGGCCACGCGGGCGCCAUGGUCCAGGCGCGGCAGCUCGGCGACGAGCUCUACGCGGGCGUGCACUCGGACGAGGACAUUCUCGCCAACAAGGGGCCGACGGUCAUGACGCUCGAGGAGAGACUCGCCGCCACAGACGCCUGCCGCUGGGUCACCAAGUCGGUCAGCCACGCGCCCUACGUGACGGAGCUCCCCUUCAUCUCGCACUACGGCUGCCGCUACGUCGUCCACGGCGACGACAUCACCUCGGACUCGGACGGCAACGACUGCUACCGCUUCGUCAAGGAGGCCGGCCGCUUCAAGGUGGUCAAGCGCUCCCCCGGCAUCUCCACGACGGACCUGGUCGGCCGCAUGCUGCUGUGCACCAAGACGCACUUUAUACACUCGCUCCAGAGGAUGCUGGCCGGCGACGAGGGCUACGGCUCCCCCGACGAACGCCGCGCCCAGGGCGAGGCCAUGCUCGCCCGCCUGCGCCUCUACGCCACCGACGAGACGGCCAAGGCCCCCGGCGCCGACGUGUGGUUCUGGACCCCGACGACGACGACAAAGACGACGACGCCAGGAAGACGCGACGGGAAUGCUGGUGGUAGUGGUGGCGUUGCCGAUGGUGGCUCCUUUGAGCGCCUGCUCGCCGGCAAGGGUCCGCUGCCCGGCCAGCGCGUCGUCUACGUCGACGGCGGCUUCGACCUCUUCUCGAGCGGCCACAUCGAGUUCCUGCGCCGCGUGGUCGUCGCCGAGGAGGAGCUCGCGCGAGCCGCCGGCGGCUGGUUCGACGACGAGGCGGCCGUGGCGCGGCGCAAGGCGGCCAACGGCGGCAAGGACUACGGGCCGGCCUAUGUCGUGGUGGGCGUGCACGAGGACGAGGUCAUCAACGAGUGGAAGGGCGUCAACUACCCCAUCAUGAACAUGUUUGAGCGCGGGCUCUGCGUGCUGCAGUGCAAGUACAUCAACGCCGUCGUCUUCGGCGCCCCCUUUACCCCCACCAAGGCCUACCUGACGGCCCUGCCCCUGGGCGGCGACGGCGUGCCACCCGCGGCCAUCUACCACGGCCCCACGGCCUUUAUGCCCCUGACGUACGACCCCUACGAGGCGCCCAAGGCCAUGGGCAUCUACCGCGAGAUUGGCGCCCACGCCUUCGCCGACGUCAACGCCGGCGAGAUUGUCCAGCGCAUCAUGCGCAGCCGCGACAUGUACGAGGCCAGGCAGCGGGCCAAGGGCGUCAAGGCCGAGGCCGAGGCGGCGGCCCGCGAGCGCGAGGUGCUCGAGGAGGAGCAGCGGCGGCGCGAGGAGGAGCGGCGGGCGUAGGUUAGGUGCAAGCAAGGUGCAUUGGCCGGGAGUCGCCUGUGGGUUCUCUGGAAAAAAGAAGCGCGCUUUUCUGUUGCGGGCAUUCGGAGCAGCACCCGACCCGGGAGCAGGUGUUUUGUAUUCGACCAGGUAGACG